UUUAGAGAGCGAAACAGGAAGUUGCUCUUGUGUUAACAUACAUGCCAUAGAAAAUAUGUAGUUUUGGCUAAGUACAAUCGUGCGGUUUCUCUCUUUCUAACCUGAAGACGAAACUAUCAAACGGUGAGAUGGGCAUCACCAAACUGUCAGACCUGAUCCGUAAGGAGGCUCCUGAAGCUAUUUCUCACAGAGAUAUCAGUGACUACACAGGAAAAGUCAUCGCUCUCGAUACAUCCAUUGUUGUGAACCAGUUCCGUACAGCAACACCAGGUCUGAACCCCCUGAUUGGUCUCUUCUUCCGCACCCUCACUUUCCUGGAGCAUGACAUAAAACCUGUCUUUGUGUUUGAUGGAAGGCCUCCUGGAGAAAAAGCAGCUGUUCUUCAGAAGCGGGCUGAAGCAGCAGGUUGGAGAUCACACCUGCGCACUGACUUAGUUUCAUCCCAGACCAAGGAUUAUCUCCAUCUCCUCAAGCUCCUUGGUGUACCAGUCAUCCAGGCUCCAGGGGACGCUGAGGCUCUGUGCGCCAAACUGGUAAUGGACAGGAUAGUGGACGCGGCGGCAUCAGAGGACAUGGACACGCUGCCAUUCGGAGCCAGCACUCUCAUUCGUCAGUUGAAAGCCAAGAAAGACAGUGAUGUAGUUGAAUAUUCUUUACCCAAAGUGUUGGAAAAACUCCAAAUCACCCAUAAAGAGUUUGUUGACCUGUGCAUUUUGUUGGGCUGUGACUAUUGUGACAAAAUAACUGGUCUGGGUCCUAAAAGAGCUCUAACGCUGAUCCAGAAACACCGUAAUAUUGAGACCGUGGUUUUGCAUGUCAACAGAAAGACCCAUCCUGUUCCACAUCUGUGGAAGUACAAAGAAGCACGCAGGUUAUUUUUGGAACCGCCAGAGACUGUCACUUCUGAGCUUACAUGGUCCGAGCCCGAUGAAGAAGCCUUGGUCAGGUUCCUGUGUCACACCAAAAGAGUCAGUGUGGAACGUAUUCAUCGUCGAAUGGAAAACUUCCGUCAGACCCGGGAAGGCAGGCGGCAGGAGCGGGAAAGAAAAAAAGUGGAAGGCGGAGGCAGCAGCCAAACUCGAAUCAAGGACUUUUUUAGAGUUACCAGGAAGAGGUCACAGCCUGUAAAAGCUACAGACAUCAGCAGCAGCAGCAGCAAGGGA